GCUUAGUCUUAUUAGUAGUACUACUAGCUAGCUGUGCUCUUGGAAGUUGAAGUUGAAAAUGAAUGCAAGGGACAAGGAAGGAGAGUUGAAUAAGAAGGCGGUGUUCAAAUGAGCAGCAUUCAUGUUCAGCAAGCUUUCCGCAGCGUUGGUGAGGCUGGAUCUAACACUGCAAGCUGUGAGUUACUUCGUAGGGAAAAACCCUGCGGCCAGUUCGCAUCUCCUCCUCGGCACAUUAGCUCUGCAUUGCUGACUGCUCACAUUUCACGAGCGCCCACAAAAUCCAAGCUUAUUAGCGCCCCAAUCAUUGAAAGCUUAUGCGGCUGUAGAGGUCUCAGAUUGCCCGUUGGUCCAGCAGGGGGACCAAGAUUUACAAAAGCGUCUGGCAGAGGUUUACUUAGAAUCAGCUCUGAAGUUGAGCAGAAAGCAUCCAAGGUUUCUGAAGGGAGUUGCUGCGAGACGAUGGAGGGCAUUGAGGAACUCUUUAAAGAACGACUUGUGGAUACUACGGAAGGGCACUUUACGUGCUCCCGCGGCGUCAAACUGUUCACGCGCACAUGGACGCCCUCCAAGCAGAAGCCCAAGGCGCUCGUCUGCAUACUGCACGGGUUUGGGAGCAACAUCAGUUGGCUCGCCCAAAAGACCGCCCUUUUAUUCACCGAUGCCGGCUAUGCCGUUGCGGGUCUUGACGCCCAAGGGUUCGGACGCUCGGACGGUCUGGACGGCUACAUCCCCGACUUCGACCACCUGGUUUCGGACGCCCGCGAGUACUUCGGCACGGUCCGAAAGUUGGAUCGAUUCCAGGAGUUGCCCGCGUUCUUGUACGGGGAGUCGAUGGGGGGGGCAAGUGCGCUGCUGCUGAGCUUGGACGAGCCGGGGGAGUGGGCGGGUGCGAUCCUGUCUGCGCCGAUGGUGAAGAUUCUGGACAAGUACCGGCCCCCGUGGAUCGUUGAGCAGCUCGGGCUCCUGUUGGUCCACGUCAUCCCCACGUGGCCCAUCGUUCCGGUCCGCAACCGGGUCGACAACUCCUUCCGGGAUCCGGCCAAGUGCGAAUUGGCGAAGAAGGAUCCGUACAUCUACGUGAAGAAGCCGCGGCUCAAGACGGGGCAGGAACUUCUGCGGGUCACGCUCCACCUGCAGCAGCGGCUGCAAGAGAUUACCAUUCCGUUCCUGGUUCUCCAUGGAACGGCGGACACCGUCACGGACAUCGAGGUCAGCCAAGCCCUGUACGAGCAAGCGGCCAGUUCGGACAAGACGAUCAAGAUUUAUCCGGACGGUUACCACGCGCUACUGCAAGGGGAGCCGGAGGAGCAGCGGCAACGGAUAGCGGACGACAUCGUGACGUGGAUCGAUAAGCGGGCGCACGCAUAUACACACGCGGGCGGCAAGGCGGCGCUCCAAGACGCGGAGUUGGUGGACAGAGUUCUGGAGGACGCUUAGAGGAGGGUUGCACUUUCGGCAUCAGGAGUGAAACUGCUGAAGUUGAGUCCGUUUUUGCGAAUGUCAACUUUUGGGAUUGAGGCGCACGUUCCGAUAGUCAUGGUUCCUUCAGAAGAACAGAGGAGUCACAGUCCCUUCGGCGAAAGAACAUAGGAGAAAUGCGAAGAACUCAAUCGGACCCUAAAUUUGACUACCUUGACUUGACUCUGUACAGCUUUCAUACUUGGAACGACCCGUAAGGCAACAAUUUGAUGGGUCAAUAUAGCACACAGGAAUUCAACGUCAACGCCAGCCUGCCCGCCGUUGGCCGAACUUGGUGGCGACAAUAAGUGAAAGCUUGGAUAGCGUAGACCAUUUGCCACGCGAAUCGCAUGCGCACUGCGCUGCAUGAGAUUGAGCACGGUUUGCUUUGGCAUUUUUCGAGUUGAACGGCAAUAUGGCUUGAGUUAGAAAUCCGUACAGCGAAGUUUCGAACUGAGUCUUUCUUACAUCGCUUGAGUUGAUACAUACCUUGAAGGCCGCGGGAAUCGCUUUCUGUCCCAUCUGCUUCUAUUCAGUUCGAAGUACAUGGAUCGCCGGGUG